AUGAACCUCUUAACAGCAGAGAUAUCAAGAAAACGAGAAGAAAUUAAGAAUGUAACAAGUCAAAAUUCACAGAAAUAUAUUAAACAAGGAGAUCUUGAAAAAAAAAGAGAAAAAGCUUAUUAUGAAGAAAAAGAAAGGAUGGAUAAUGAAAAAGAAGAACAACGAAAAAAAAAACGAGAACUAUUAGCUCAAGAGGAAGAAAAGAGGGUAUUAUUUAAAAAAAGAUAUCAAGAGUCAAGAUUAGAAAAACAAAAUGAACUCUUAAUGAAAGAUAUAUCAGAAGAAGAGCUUAUAAAAAAAUUUAGAGAAAAAAAUCAACCUAUAUGUUUAUUUGGAGAAACAUUUGAAGAUAAAAAAGAAAGAUUAAUAAUUUUAGAAUGCGUAGAAGAACGAAAAAAAAAACAAGACGAAAUGUUAGGAAAUGUAGAAUCAGAAGGAAAAGCUAUAGAAUUAAAAGAUGAGAUAGAAGCACUAAGAAAAGAAGCAGAAAAUGACGAAAGUGUAUUAAAAAUUAAUUUGAAUGAAUUAAAAAAUAAUCCAGAAAAUUUAUAUAAAAAAAUACUGGUUUAUUUUGAGAUAUUAAUUGAAUUGUGGAAAAAAACAUUAGACGAACGUCCAGAUGAAAUCAAGGAAUCUAAACAGGGAAAAUCAGUAUCAGCAAAUCAACAACAAUCACAAAAAGAUCUUCAAGUAUUUUUCAAUUUAUUAAAAAAGAAAUCUAUGAAAAGUGAUAUAUUAGAAGGCGUUUCAAAAAUUACAUAUCAUUGUCAAAGACGUGAAUAUAUAAAAGCAAACGAUGCAUAUCUUCAACUUAGCAUAGGAAAUGCGGCAUGGCCAAUUGGAGUAACAAUGGUAGGAAUUCAUGAACGAAGUGCACGUGAGAAACUUCAUACAGGACAAACAGGUCAUGUUUUAAACGACGAAGCCACUAGAAAAUGGUUACAAGCAAUUAAAAGACUUCUUACAUUCAUACAGACAGUAAAACCUCCUAAUGAUCGAAAUCAACUCAUGGGUUAA